AUGAAACUGUUACAGCAACCAGAGGAUGCAACAAACGAAAGAAAGGUCAUGAAAUCUCAAGUGGAGAAACGUCGAAGGGAGAGGAUGAACCACAGUCUGGAGUGUCUGAGGACAAUGUUGCUUCAAGAGCCACAACAAAUGGGUGGGACUCAGCACAGAGUGGAGAAAGCUGAGAUACUCGAGCACACAGUCCUCUUCCUGCAAAAAACUGCCAAAAGAGACGAGACGAGAGCUUCUUCUGCUGCUUCUUCUUCGUCUUCGUCUUCUGAUGGUGGUGGUGAUGAGGGUGGAGGUCAGAAACACUCUUUCCAAGACGGCCUCUCCACCUGCCUGCAGACAGCUGCUCAGUUCCUGGGACCUGAGGGGAAAGGCCUGUGGCUCGGAGCAGCACUAGAUGCUUCUCUUGCCGCUCACUUUUCCCACUCCGACCCUGCAGGUGUUCAAAGAAGAACCGAAGGAGCCCGUUCGUCCUCCAGCUCUCUGCCGCACACGAAGUCCAUUCUUCGGGUGCUGAGGCACAAGUCCAAGCACAGACCGCGCACAACUGACUUCAGCGUCACUCAUCCGUACCGGCUUCCAGUCCAGCAGGGGUUUCCCACGAUUCCCCAACAGGCUCAGAUACAAAAUAUGCUUGAGAUGAGACGAGCGAGCAAACAGAGCCCGGCCCAGAGCAGCCCGGUCAGCCAGACUUUGUGGAGGCCCUGGCCCUGA